AUGAAGGUUAUCACAAUUUUCCAUUCAAUUCGACUUAAAUACCGCUUCCAGGCCUUUAAUGAUAUCAGGAACAGCGUGUUAACUGGACUAAAUAACGAAGAAAAUGUUGGAAGAACUCUGCAACUGUGUUCUGAAUAUCGAAAGUGUGCUGGAAGAAUGAAAUGUAAAGCCCAUGAUGUGAUAGUUGGGUAUAACGACAAACUUUUAAUUCUUUGUGAAGCCAUUGAGUUACUUAAAAUCGGCGCCGUUGAUGUAUAUAACGGUGAAGCUGUUGAAAAACUUCUUAUUCUUUGUGACGUCAAUGAUUUCCGUAAAAGCGUCGGUUUCAAAGAAUGCGCUGUCAAAUUGGAAGCUAACAGAACUACGUGUUAUCGAGAGUGGAAUCCGUUUCCAAAUAAGGUAGAAAAGAAGAAGAUUGAGGAGAUUCAGAAGGAAGCAUGCAAAAACUUUUUUGGAAAAGACAACUGUAUGGAAAAGGAGAUUUUUGAUAAGUGUGGAUUGGAAAUGUGGAAGUUGCACAAAAAGCACUAUCUGGCAAUGAACAGUGCGACUGGAGCAUGUAAAUUCGAUUGA